AUGGGGAUCGGUGCAGUAUUAUUGGAAACUUAUCCAGAUGGGAAAGAACGAUCAGUGGCAUAUUUAUCGAAAAAAUUCACCCCGAGGCAGCAAAACUGGUGUACAAUUGAACAAGAAUGUUAUGCGAUAUUGAAGGCGAUUGAACAAUGGCAUCAAUAUGUAGAUGGCGUUGAAUUUCAAAUUCAAACGGAUCACAAUCCAUUAAAAGCAUUGAAUAAAAGAGCACAGAAGAGCACGAAAUGUGAGCGUUGGCGACUGAAACUACAACAAUAUCGUCACACAAUUGAUCAUAUUAGAGGAGACGGUAAUGCAAUGCCUGAUUAUUUGUCCAGAUCUCCCGUCGAUCAGAGUGACGAAGAUCCGGAUGAUUAUGUUCAAUUGAUAUCAACGGCAACACAAACAGAAGACAUUAUUGUGAUGGACACGUCAACACCAUAA